AUGCAUUCUGAUGAAAUAUCACAGGUAUUCACCGAAACACCACUACAUGUAGCGGCGGCCCUGGGUUCAGAAGACUGCAUCCGGUUAUUACAACAUGGCGCAGAUUUUCGAUCCCAUUGGGGUCCCCGAAAAAUGACUGCAUUACAUUUAGCAUCGGAAGAUGGAAAUGCAAUUUGUGCGCGACUUCUCACACAAGCUGGCGCUUCUGUCGAUGCCAGGAAUCAUAAAACAACUUCUUUACAUUUAGCGGCGCUUGCUCAAUCACCUGAAACAUUGGAAGUUUUAUUGGAAUGUGGCGGUGAUCCGAAUGCGACUGACGCUGAUGGUCGCACUCCACUGCAUGGAGCAAUAGUCAAAGAAUCCAGAUCGUGCGAAUGUGCACGGUUACUUCUCGACAACGGUGCAUUAGUAAACCGUGCAGACAAUUUUGGUUAUACGCCGUUGCACAUAGCGGCUCUAAAUGAAUUCUCAUCUUGCGUAUACAUGCUAAUAGGAUAUGGUGCAGAUGUGACAGCCAGAACAGAUGGUGGUGGUGUGACUGCUUUAUCGUUUAUUUUGCGCCGUACGCCGGAUGUAGUACGUUAUUUAAGCAAAUUCGAUCAUGCGAUAAAAUUGAAUGACCACGAAAUCGGAGACGCCGAUUGCGAACUUAAGCUAGACUUCCGCAUCCUUGUGCCAAGCACGGAUCGAGGAGAAACAGAACUACUGAGAGCUUUCAUCGAGGUCGGACGCAAAGAUGUUCUUAAACAUCCAUUGUGCGAAACUUUCCUAUUUCUCAAGUGGAGAAGAAUUAGAAAAUUUUUCUUAUUGAGUUUAUUAUUCCACGCAGUAUUCGUGAUACAUUUUAGUUGGUACAUCAUAGCUGUCUUUUUGAUUGAUUGUACUACAAAAAGCGAUGAGCAAAUAUGCCAAAUGACUCCUCGAUACGCAAAACCGCUAGGUUUUUGGGUAUUGACACUUAACUGCAUGCUGCUGGCCAAAGAAUUAUUUCAAAUUUCCCAAGGGUGGAUAGGAUAUAGCCGACAAUGGGAAAAUUGGUUGCAGUGGAUUAUUAUUAUCACUGUCUUUCUUUGCGUGACACCACAGUACUACAUUUUAGGCAAAUGGACAUGGCAGCAUCAUGUUGCGGCGUUAGCAAUACUUUUCACCUGGUUAGAACUAAUGAUGUUAGUCGGAAGAUUUCCAAUAUUCGGACUAUAUGUUCAAAUGUUUACUACCGUGGCAGUGAAUUUUUCGAAGUUUUUGAUGGCCUAUUGCUUUUUGAUUGUAGCUUUUGCACUGAGCUUUGGCGUGCUUUUUGCUGAAGUACCAUCAUUUAGCACAAUUCCCUUGGCUUUACUUAAGGCUGUUGUGAUGAUGUCCGGGGAAUUAGAAUUUGAUGACAUAUUUCAUGCUGAAGAAUAUCCUGUGAGAUAUCCCAUAACUGCACAUAUCAUAUUUUGUGCAUUUAUUGUGCUAGUCACUGUUAUUCUUACCAAUUUACUGGUUGGUCUAGCUGUGAGUGAUAUUCAGGGUUUGCAGCAAAGCGCAGGGUUAGACAGAUUAUCGCGCCAAGCAGAAUUGGUAGGACGACUUGAGAGUAUACUGUUUUCAAAGUUAUUGAGAAGAUUGCCCACAAGAAUUGUUCUCAUAUGCCAUCGGAGUGCUAUGUUACUCACAUCUACUGGGCAAUGGGCACUUUAUAUUAGACCAAAUGACCCACGAGAAAUGAGAAUUCCUAGAGAACUCAUCACAUCUAUAUACCAGUUAAUAGUAGAACGAAAAGAUCUACAACAAAAUAAACGCAAGAGGGCCACCAUAUCUAAACCGCCUGAAAAUUGUAUUGGCUUCAAAAAACACAGUUAUACAAAUAUUUCUAAGCCUGAUAGCUAUUCAAGUCUUGUUACUCAAACUAUAAAAUCAGUUCCUCAAGUUUACAAUACAAAUAAAGUUAGCAAUCAUCAGAGGGGAUAUAGAAUGCGUACCUACUCUGAAAUACCUUCCAAAGACCAUAAACGGAAGAGAACUUGCCUUAAUAAAUGA